AUGGCUACCAAAGAUAAUAGUGUUCCUCACCCGACUGUGAUCAAGGUCGACCCAUUCAAGCCUGCUUCCCAGCAAAAGGGACUGCACAACCGUUGGCACCCGGAUAUUCCAGCAUUUGCAACAGUCAAACCUGGAGAGGUGUUCAAGGUUGAGUGCGUGGAUUGGACCGGUGCCCAAAUUGGGAACAAUGACUUCAGUGACGACAUCCGGGACGUCGACCUGAGGAGGGUGCACAACCUCUCUGGCCCAGUCGCUAUCGAAGGCGCGGAGCCAGGCGACUGCCUAGUAGUGGACAUCCUCGAUGUGCAGCCAUUUGACCAGAUGCCCUGGGGAUACACAGGCAUCUUCGAGCUCACGAACGGAGGUGGGCUGUUCGCGCGCGAGUUUCAAAGCAAGGCCGCCAAGGCGAUUUGGGACUUUGAGGGGAUUUAUGCGACGUCGAGGCAUAUCCCCGGUGUGAGGUUCGCGGGGAUCACCCAUCCCGGUCUGAUCGGCACCGCACCGAGCCAGGAACUGCUUGACGAGUGGAACCGCCGUGAAGGCGAGCUCAUCAAAGCUUGUGGCGAUGUCGUGCCUGCGGUUGCGUUCCCGCCUGAGCCGAAGGGCGUACAUAUCGGCUCGAAGGAGCCUGUAAAGCCGGAGGUUCUGGAGAAGAUUGCUAAGGAGGGAGCGAGAACAAUCCCCGGACGCGAGCAUGGAGGAAACUGCGAUAUCAAGAACUUAUCUCGUGGGUCUCGCUGCUACUUCCCCGUCUUCGUCAAGGACGCUUUGCUCUCCGUCGGCGAUCUCCACUUCAGCCAAGGCGAUGGCGAACUCUCCUUCUGCGGUGCUAUCGAGAUGGCCGGUAUCGUCACUUUCAAAACUUCCAUUAUCAAAGGUGGGGUAGAGAAAUUCGCUCUGAAGCAGCCGAUCUUCCUGCCUUCCCCCGUGGACCCGCUUUACUCCGCCAAGCUGGUAUUCGAGGGAAUCUCUGUGGAUUACCAUGGUGAUGGGAGACAGUAUAACAUGGACGCUACUGUGGCAUAUAAGCAGGCUGCGCUCAACUGUAUCGCCUACCUGAUGAAGCUUGGUUACACUCGCGAGCAAGCCUAUCUUGUUCUCUCCGCCGCGCCCGUUGAAUCCCACGUCGGCGCCGUAGUCGACAGCCCGAACGCAUGCGUGACGAUGGGUAUCCCGCUGGGGAUCUUUGACCAUGACAUCCUACCCAAUCCGGACGGACUUGUCAAGAGGAACUUUGGACAGUGUGCGAUCCGUUCUGAUGGGGUGGUGUGAUUAUGAGCGGAAGCUCGAUUUAGGGUUGAAAGUGGGUAGCACAAGGUAUUCUAAA